GGACGCCCCGCGCGCUGGGCAGCGCCACUUACCAAAGAGCGGCGGGACGAGCCGGCGCUUCACCGCUGCCUGCGCUCCGGCGCCCGGCAAGGAAGGAAGGGCGCCGGCCCGCGGAGCCGCCGCGGCGGGCGAGCCGAGAAGCCGGACCCGCCGCCCGCUGGGGUUUUCGGCUCCCGCCAGGACUUACGACGCUCCGCCCGCCCGCAGCGCUUGGCCGGGCUUGUGGAUUACCCGCCGCCGCCGCCCCCUUGGCUGCUCGUGGGAUUGUUACCUCGCCUCGCCAGCGGCCCCUGGACGGCAGCGCAGAGCACAAGGCAGCCACGAUGCCCGACUCGCCGGCCGACGUGAAGACGCAGUCCCGCUCCACGCCCCCGAACAUGCCACCGCCUUCUCCAGCUGUCUCCCAGGGAGCCACGCGGCCCCCCACGUUUACCUCAAACCCCAAUCGUGAAGCUGGGCCGCCGAUGUUUCUCCCCCGCGGCCGUUUUCAUGGUUGCUUGAAAUGGUCCAUGGUGUGUCUCUUAAUGAAUGGAAGCAGCCAUUCUCCGACGGCGAUCAACGGAGCCCCCUCCACCCCCAAUGGCUUCAGCAAUGGGCCAGCCACUUCCUCGACGGCAUCCCUAUCCAACCACCAACUUCCCCCAGCCUGCGGUGCUCGCCAGCUCAGCAAGCUGAAGCGUUUCCUCACAACUUUGCAGCAGUUUGGCAGUGACAUCUCUCCGGAGAUAGGGGAGCGGGUCCGCACGCUGGUGCUGGGCCUGGUGAACUCCACGCUGACAAUUGAAGAAUUCCAUUCUAAGCUCCAGGAGGCCACCAACUUCCCCCUGCGCCCUUUCGUCAUCCCAUUCUUGAAGGCCAACCUGCCCCUGCUGCAGCGUGAGCUUCUCCACUGUGCCCGCAUGGCCAAGCAGACCCCCGCCCAGUACUUGGCACAGCAUGAGCAGCUCCUCCUGGAUGCCAACGCCUCCUCCCCCAUCGAUUCUGCGGAGCUGCUGCUGGAGGUCAACGAAGGGGUCAAAAGGCGGACGCCAGACAGGACCAAAGAGAAUGGCUUGGACCGCGACUCCCUGCAUCCCGAGCAUCUCAGCAAAAGGCCUUGCACCCUCAGCCCUGCCCAGCGGUACAGCCCCAGCAAUGGGCUCAGCCAUCAGCCCAAUGGGCUGCCCCACCCCACCCCUCCUCCCCCCCAGCACUACCGCCUUGAGGACAUGGCUGUGGCGCAUCGCUACAGGGAUACCUACCGCCCUCCGGACCCUCGGGACCUUCGGGAGCAUCCCCGGCCAGCUGGCAUUCACAGUUCCCGGCAAGAGGAGGUGAUCGAUCACCGGCUAACCGAGCGAGAAUGGGCCGAAGAGUGGAAACACCUCAACAAUCAGCUCCUGAACUGCAUCAUGGACAUGGUGGAGAAGACUCGCCGGUCGCUCACGGUGCUGCGCCGCUGCCAGGAAGCCGACCGCGAGGAGCUCAACCACUGGAUCCGCCGCUACAGCGACGCUGAAGACAUGAAGAAGGGGUCGAGCCCUGCCAGCCGCCCCCUCAACAGCACGGCCAACGUCGAGGCGCCACUCCUAGAUGCUCAUCGAGAAUUCGUAUCCAGGCCCCUGUCUGGCUACAUGCCUGAGGAAAUCUGGAGGAAAGCUGAAGAAGCUGUGAACGAGGUGAAGCGGCAGGCCAUGUCUGAGCUGCAGAAGGCUGUCUCGGACGCAGAGCGGAAGGCGCACGAGCUGAUCACCACGGAGCGGGCCAAGAUGGAGCGGGCCCUGGCCGAAGCCAAGCGCCAGGCCUCUGAGGACGCCUUGACCGUCAUUAACCAGCAGGAGGACUCCAGUGAGAGCUGCUGGAACUGCGGGCGCAAGGCCAGUGAGACCUGCAGCGGAUGCAACACCGCGCGCUACUGCGGCUCCUUCUGCCAGCACAAAGAUUGGGAGAAGCAUCACCACGUCUGUGGACAGACCCUCCAAAGCCUCCAAGCUUCGGCGGGGGCAGCCUCUUCCGGCAUGGCAGGGCUGCCCGUGGCUUCUGCCCAGCCAGACGUGGUGGCCGUGACCGCUUCCAUCCCCAGCGUAGCCGUGGCAGGCAGCUCCAGCGACCCGGGCUCUGCCGCAGCCUCGCGUUCGGGCACGCCGGCCACCCCGGCUCCUUUGGACGCCACGUCCCGCUAGGCGGCAGGCGAAAGGGGAAGGCGACCGUCCCUGCCACUGCCGCCGCUGCUGCCGCUGCUGCCGCUGCUGCUAACACUUCUCUCCAAAUGAAAAACAAAACAGAACUGCAUUCAAUGCAAAUCCUCAGCUACCUGACACGCAUUUGACCUCCGGAACAACCUCUAACUCACACGGAAUCCUCAGACCUGGCUUUAAAUGGAGUUAAGGCACGCGCCGACCUUCUCCAAUCGCUCGUCCGUUCUUUUGAGACGGGGAUGAUGAACACUCUGCUUCUUCCUGCCCAUAGGAUUUGGGGGAAUUUAAGGUUGUUGGGUUUUUUUCUCCUUCCUUUGUUUUCUUUUGCGUCGUCGUCGUCUUCUCGGAUGAGGAAUUUGCAGGUAUCCCCACCUCUGGACUUGGGGACAGGGAAGGAAAGCGGGAAGGUGCUUCCACCCGUCUUCUGCCGGAGGCGUGUUCACGGAAAUAAAAAGGAUGAAAACCCCUUCCGGGAAAGAAGAAGGGGGAGAAGGCAGGGAAAAACGGAUUUUCAGUUACAAAAAGCCAGCCUUUUUUUUUUCCUUUUUUGUAAAAAAAUAAAAAUAGACAAUAAAAACAUCAAACUCUUUGGCUUUAAGUAAAACAGAAAGAAAAAAAAUCCAAAAAGUACCCAACAAAACCAAGUAAAGGAAGCUUACCUGUAAACUACCUUGCUAGUUAGCCAAGAAAUACCAGUUUCACCUCUGCUCCAAAGGAAAUCCAAAAACAGGAAAAAAAAUCCAGACUUUUUUCCACUGCCAAAGUUUGUUUCUUCCUCCCCGCCCCCCAUUUUCUUCCUUCAGUCGACUUCUUCCUCUUUUUCCUCAGCACGGAGGCUUUAUUUAUUAGGCUCUUGUGAACGGAGGGAGCGCCGCACCUUUCUGCCGCUUUCUAGCCCGGGCAAGGCGGCGGCGGCGGCGGCGGCGGCCUUCCGCUCCUCUGUGUUCCUGGAGGGGGGCGGGAGGGGGCGGACCUGUGUGCACGUGGACCUCGGCCUGUUCCGAUGUGACCGCGGAGGACAGACGUGCAACUGUGGGAUUCAGAGAAAUUUUCGUAGAAUAAAGCAAAAAACUAAACAAAAGCAUCCACCACUUUUGUGAGUGUGUGUGUGUGUGUGCGUGUAAGAGAGAGAGAGAGAGAGGAAAGGGUGAGGCAGAAGUGACUCUAUAAACUCCCUUGCUUGGUGGAUUAUAAAAACCCGUUGUGCUUUUUUAUAUAUAUAUAUAUAUAUCAAAAUCUGUUGUAUUAAACAGCCACCUGCACACCCACCACACAGCCUGUUCCAGAGAGACCCGUGAGAUUCGCGUAUUUCCACCUGCUCUCGGCUAGUUCGGUUCCAGCUCCUGAGCAGGAAGUCACUGUAACCGCCCGGACUUUUUCACCUCUACCUCUCUCUCCACUCUCCAAAAUCCACCCAUCUUCCCAGGUAGUUUCUCGCAGUUCCCAUCUUGACUUCUUCCAGACCCACCGAAGAACCGAGAGGCAUCUUUCAUUUGCUCCUCCGCUUCUGAAGAGGGGGUGCCAGGCCAGCCGAGAGACAGCCCGGCUUCCGUGUCCCCCGGGCUGAUGGCAAGCGACUUCGCAGGGUGACCCUUCACCUCCAUCCUGUUCCUGCCACCUUUGGUCUUCCAUUGCCAUCCUGGUUUCAUCACGCUUUUUCCAGAGGAAACCAAGAGAUGCU